AUGAAGACCGCACCUGCAGGAGCCCAGAACGCCAAGCAGAAUGCCUUGGCUCUUAAGCGCUACCUGCCGCGCAAGCUUAGGGAAGCUGCCGAGGACGAGGCCGCAGUGGAGAAGGGAGUUGGACACGAUCUGAUCAUCUACAGCUUCGAUCGCCCCACUGGCCAGUACGGAUACACGCCCUUUUCUAUUCAACUGCGCCUUCGCCUUCGCCAUGCCGGCAUUCAGCACGUGGACCGCGCUGCCAACAUCUUCCAGGCACCCAAGUACCGGGUGCCCUACGUCAAGCUUGCCGACUCGGAUGAGCUUGUGGGCGAGUCGCAGUUCAUCAUCAAGCGUCUUGUGCAGACCGGCAAGCUCCAGGACCUCAACAAGGAGCUCUCCCCCUCCGACCAGGCCAAGGAUGCCUGCAUCCGAGCCAUGCUGGAGGACCGCGCUUAUUUCCUCAUCUUGUACGAGAGAUGGCGCGGCCAGUACGAGAUGAUGUGGCACGACGGCCCCUUUUCCCACUUCGUCUGGGGUGCGAAGCAGAUUUCGACCCAGGCAGCUCGUGGCUAUGUCAAUUCGCAGUUGUGGUUCCAGGGCGUUGGCCGCUACUCUGGCGAUGAGGUCAAGGCCUUCGCCACCGACGUCGUCAUGUCCCUGAACGGUUUCUGCGAGACUUCACUGUCGAAGCUGAGUCUCGAUUCGCGGGAGUCCCGGGAGCCUUUCUGGAUCCUAGGCGGCCAGCGCCCAUCCGAAGCUGACUUCAUUGUCUAUGGUAACCUCGCUACUGUCCUGGGUACCAGUGUUAACCCCGUCCAUGCCGCUCUCAUUCGUGAGAAGCCCGCCCUGGUCGAGUACAUGGGCCGCAUCCACGAGCGCUUCUUCUCUGAGUACAAGUCCCCUGUUCACGCUUAA